AUGUUGAAAGUGAAGAUGUUGCAGAAUAUAAUCCAAGAAUGGAGCAUUUACAUAUUAGAAAAUAAAGAAAAUCAUUCUUUGAAACCCAAUGAUGGAGUCUCUAUGGAAGAUCUUCAAAAAGAAUACACUCGUUCAGAUAAGGAAAAUGAUCUACCUAAAAAAUGGAAAUAUGCUUAUGGACAUCCAAAGGAUCUCAUCAUAGGAGAUACAACACAAGGUGUAAGGACUCGCUCUUCUAUUCAUAAUAUUUGUGAGAAUAAUGGAGAUGGAGGAGGGGGCAAUGGAGGUAAUAGAGGGAGAGAGAAUGAUGAUGAUGAUGGAAGGGGCAAUGAGGACAAUGGUAGGGGAGAGAAUGAUGAUGAAGAAGAGGGCAAUGGAAGGGGAGAGAUUGAUGAUGAUGGAAGGGACAGCGAAGGCAAUGAAGGGCAAGAGAAUGAUGAUGAUGGAGUAGGAAAUGGAGGCAAUGGAUGGGGAGACAAAGAUGAUGAUGGAGAGGCCAAUGGUGGAGAUAAAGAUGAUGCUGGAAUAAAAAAUUGGGUAGAGAAUAUAGAAGAAGAGCAUAAACGGGGAAAUAGAGGCAAUGGAGGGGGACAGAAUAAUGAUGAUAGAGGAGGCAAUAGAGGCAAUAGAUGGAGAGAUAAUGAUUAUGAUGGAGGGGACAAUGGUAAGGGAGAUAAUGAUGAUGAUGGAAAAGGUAAUGGAGGGGGAGAGAUUGAUGAUAAUGGAAUGGACAAUGGAGGCAAUGAAGCGUAA